AUGGCUAGUCCUUCCGUACUCGCUUUCGAUGCUGAGGGCCGCCCAGUGAAGUUCGACACCUGGCUAGAUGACCUGCACCUCUUCCUACAGCUCACUGCCAAGGAGGAUAUUUCACUGUACGAUCAUGCCCUCGGUCACGCUACUGCCCCUCCUACCACUGCUGACAGCACUCAGCGCUCACAGUGGCAGACUCGUGACGCCCACGCUCGCUUUGCUAUUCGCAACUCCCUACCGAUCGAUGAGCGCGAGCACUUUGGCCAGCACAAGACUGCUAAGGAACUGUACACUGUUGUCAUUGCUCGUUACUCCUCACCUGCUUCUGCCACACUAGGCCGCCUCUCACUCCCCUACCUGUUCCCCGACCUGGCCUCCUUUAGCACAGUUGCUGACCUCAUCACCCACCUCAAGACUAGUGAGGCCCGCUUUCGCGCUGCUAUGCCUGACGAGUUCCUUGCUAGCAACCCCCCCCCGCUCUGGAUCACUCUCUACCACAUCGUCACCCGCCUCCCUGACUCUCUGCGCGCAGUCAGGGACCACUUCCUCGCUCGCUCCCCCACUGAGCUCACCAUUGCCCUCCUCGAGAAGGAACUGCUUGCAGCUGAGGCGAGCAUCGUCGCUGUAGGUACCUCUCGUGGCGACCCCCGCACCCCUUUCUUUGAGGGGUGUUCCCCUUCCCCCCUUCUCCCCUCUGUAGCCUCUGCUUCUGCUGUCGACCUCCUUGGUGCUGAGAAUAUCGGGACCGCAUCUGCUCCGAGCGGGCGCCGCAGGAACAAAGGGGGCAAGGGUGGAGGUGGCGGCGGGGGAGGCGGGGGUGGAGGCGGUGGGAGUGGAGGAGGGGCUGGAGAGGCUAGUGGCGGCAGUGGGGGUGGUGACGGCAGCGGCGGAGGCGGUGGCAGGGGCGGGGGCGGCAGCGGGGGCGGAGGUGGUCGUGGCAGCGGCAGGGGAGGAGGUGGUCGAGGAGGUGGCGGCGGCGGUGGUGGUCGUGGAGGCGCUGGCGGUGGUCUGAGCCAGCAGCACACUCCGUCGCUCCAGGAGGCCCGUGAGUGGUAUUCCCAGCGCCCGGGGGCGCGUGGCUUUAGCUGCACGUACGUCAUCCGCACUGGUGACCGCACUGGUCAGACGUGUGGGAGGCCGCACCCCACGCACCGCUGUUUCUCGCGCCUUGACGACGCUUGGCGCGCUCAGUUCCCUGACGGCGGUGAGCUGCCCCGCUGGCUUGAUCUGGAGAAGAAGGGUGUUGAUAUCUGGGCUCUAGACUUUGAUGCUAUUCUCACUGCCAUGUAUGCGAUGUUUACUAGUGGAGAGGGUGCUCAGUACUUGCGUGUUCCGCCCGACCCGGGCAUUCUGACCAGUGAGGCUGCCGCUCUAGGUGCUAGUGAGACUGCCACUGCAGGUACUCGCGUGUCUGCCACCUCAGGUGAUGGUGAGGCUGCCGCUCUAGGUGCUAGUGAGUCUGCCCCCCCUGGUACUGAGUCGACUGCGGCACUGCACACCUUCACCCUGGACUCAGGUGCUUCUCGCUGUUUCUUUCGUGACCGCACUGUCCUUGAGCCGCUUGCUCGGCCAGUUGCUGUCUCCCUCGCUGACCCCUCUGGGGGUCCGGUCAUUGCGACCUCCUCCACUGUCCUUCCCUGUCCUGCGGUCCCGUCAGGCACACUGUCGGGUCUCCACCUCCCCUCGUUCUCUACGAACUUGGUGGCGGGUGCUGCGCUCCAGGACGGGGCCCGCGUCCGUGGACAGGGUCAGGAGAGGUACUUCCUGAUUGUUGUUGACGACUACUCGCGCUACACCACGGUCUUCCCCUUGCGCACCAAGGGUGAGGUCCCUGCUGUCUUGAUCCCUUGGAUCCGCAGAGCUCGUCUCCAGCUCAGUGAGCGUUUCCACUCGGACUUUCCUGUUCUGAGGCUGCACUCUGACAGAGGUGGUGAGUUCACCUCCGACCUCUUGGCGGCCUACUGUGCGGAGCACGGCAUUGAGCAGUCGUUCACGCUUCCGGCCUCUCCACAGCAGAAUGGGGUUGCUGAGCGCCGCAUUGGCUUGGUCAUGGAGCUCAACCUCUGGCCCCGUGUCUCCUUGCCGGAGACUUCCCCGACACUGCGUUGGACGGGAGAGGUUGGCGAUGCGUCGCGGUUCCGGGUCUGGGGCUCUCGAGCCUAUGUCCGCGAUAAGUCCGCGGACAAGCUCUCCUCCCGCGCCAUUCCCUGUGUCUUCCUUGGCUUUGUCCCGGACGCGUCUGGUUGGCAGUUUUACCACGCCACCUCGCGCCAUGUUCUGGCCUCUCAGGACGUCACUUUUGAUGAGUCCGUCCCCUACUACCGCCUCUUCCCCUACCGCACUGCCCCGCUCCCUCCCCCGCCUCUCUUCCUCGCGCCAGGUGCUGCUGUAUUAGACCCCCUCCCCCCUCAGGGUGCUGCUCCCUCAGGUGUGUCUCAGGUAGACCCGGUUGAGCCUGUCGAGGUAGCUGUCGACUCUCGUCCUGCUGGGGGUGCUGAGCCUGGGGGUGUGGAGCCUGGGGGUGCUGAGCCUGGGGGUGCUGAGCCUGGGUUUGCGGAGUCUGGGGGUGCUGAGCCUGAGCGUGCUGAGCUUGGGUGUGCGGAGUCUGGGGGUGCAGAGCCUGGGGGUGCUGAGCCUGGAGGUGGAGAGUCUGGGGGUGUUGAGCCUGAGGGUCCUCCACCUGGCGGAGCCCUCUCCUCCCAGCAGCUGCAGGAGAGUCUUCGGAGUGGCCCUCCUACUGCUGGUACUGUGGACCCUGGCGUCGGAGCUGCUGCUGGUGCUGCGGACCCUGGAGUUGGAGCUGCUGCUGGUGCUACGGACCCUGGCGCUGGAGCAGCUACUGGUGCUGCGGACCCUGGCGGUGGAGCUGCUGCUGGUGCUGAGGACCCUGGAGUUGGAGCUGCUACUGGUGCUGCGGACCCUGGCGUCGGAGCUGGUGCUGGUGCUGCGGACCCUGGCGCUGGAGCUGCUGCUGGUGCUGCGGACCCUGGCGUUGGAGCUGCUGCUGGUGCUGCGGACCCUAGUGGUGGAGCUGCUGCUGGUGCUGAGGACCCUGGAGCUGGCGCUGCUGGAGCUGCUGCGGGUGCUGGUGGUGUCUCUACUGCGUCGUGA